AUUGAGAUUAUUUUCUGUGAUAUGCAAUUACAUGCACUUAGAGCUAAAAGUUUAAGUCAAGAUAUAAAAUCAGUAAAAAAAGAUUUAAAACGUUAUAAGCAUUUAGUAAAACUGUAAAUUAAGACUUUUCACGUGCGUUUUAACAAUCACUAAACACGCAUAUUGUUGGUGCGUUAACUGGAAAUAUUAAUGCAUGGAUUUCGGAGCUGUCAACGCUUCCGGUAGUUCGGGAUACGGAACAGCCGGGACUCGAACCAGUGGCGGUGUCUCUGGAGUUCUCCCUCUGGGCAAGUACGACCCGCUUCCCGGAAUAACUUCACCACGGCCGGAUCAAUCAAACCAGAUGACGAUGGCGGACCAGUAUCCUCCUCAGUUGAUGAUGGGCAGUAAAAUGCCCCUGGAUUUCCAGAGGAUGCAAGCUCUGGAGUUUAGAGUAGAAUAGCGGAGUUCCAGGGUAUCCUGAAUGACCUGAAGAACAAGACGAUGAAGGAUGAGUCUGAGAGAAGAAACAAUGACCAGCUAGUCAAUCGCAAAUUAUCCGAUAUGCAGUUUGCACUGAGCGACAUUCAAAGAAGUCACGCCGACUUGCAACACGAGUCUUCCAAAGUGAGACAGGACAUGACAACUCUGUUCGAAACUGAGAGCAGUAAACUGAAUGACCAAAUCAGUCGCUCCCUCGACGACUUCAGAAGGAAGCUGCACGAUACCGAAACGAAGAUCAAAGACGAGUCUUCCUCUAAGCUGACUCACUUGGAAAAAAGUCUGAACGAGGAGCGUGACAGUCGACUGAAAGGCGAGAAGAGCAUCAGAGAUGAGAUGAAGGAAACAGUAGCUGAGAUGAGAGAAAAAAGCAAAGAGGACCUACAACUGCUUACUAAGUCUAAGAAGGCGGAAAAACAAAAAAUUACAGACAGUUUGAACGUCGUGAACGAUGCCGUCAACUCGGUUGAGAAACACCAGGAUGAAUGGUUCGACAAACUCGCCAAGUCACUUCGAGCCGAGAUCAAAACACGAGAAGCGAAUACAGACUCAAUUCAGAAACAGAUAUCAGACCUCGAUGCUAAGUUUGCUGAAGCGCUCAUCCUAAUUGAUAAAGAGCAGAAACCUGCCAGAGCGACCCAUCCCUUUCUACCUAAUCCCCCCGCUUUGGCCUCGAGAAGAGAGACGGUGGGGGAAUUGGAGAGCAACGUCAAGUUGCUUUCGGAUCGGAUCAGCCAGCUGCAAAGUACGAUGGAUGAGAAGUCACGUGAGACUAUGUUGUUGCGCAACAGUAUUUCAGUGGGCAAUGCUAGUGGGAUUGACAAGAUCAACGAGACUCUGAACCAGGUGAUCGAGUGGUACUCCAAGUCUACCAAACAGGUGGACGAUGUCAACAGUCUCUUCCUGGACAAAGUGGGACCCCGACUGAACGAAGUGGAGAGGGAGAUUGAGAACGUGAAGAAGUUCACCAUGAUUAAGAUAGGCGAAGAGAAGAGUGCUAGAACGGUAGCUGUGAAUGAAGUGAACCGAGAGAUGAAGAAAACGAGGCGAGACCUGUCCAGUCACAAGGAGGAGUGUGACUCAUCUGUGGCUAAAGUGAAGGUGGAGACGGAACAACUGGCAGCUGCCCUCCUCCACAUCAGACAGAGUCUGAAACAGUCGCUGGAGGAGCAGAUAUUCAGAGUGGACAUGCAGAUUGCAGAAGAGAGCAAAAAGAAAACCGAGCAAAUUGUACAAAUCAGGCAAGACGUCAAUCAUUUGAAUUCAAUCGUUGAGGCCAAUUUAGUAUCGACUACAGAAUAUAACUUGGGAUCCAAUUACGGUCUUCAAAACAUGCCCACUCAUCAACAAUUAGGACAACCUGAAAACCUCUACCAAACAGCCCACCCAGUUAGAACAAGAGAACGAACGGUCGAGUCUCGAGGUCGGGUGAUAAAGAAUGCUGUAGAAGUUCAAACCGAUAAUCACGCAGAAACCCAAACGUACGCCCAGCCGAAAACAUCUGAGAGUCAAACUAAGCCGAAGACAAGCGAAAAAGAAAUGAAACCGAAAUCACCUGGAACUGCAAUGCAGACCAUCGAAUCAUUCCUGCAAGAAAUGUGGCACACGAACGGAAAUCCUAAUCAAGCAGUUCAGACUGGCAAAUCGGUUUUGGAUAGCCCGCCAAGUCCUGGAGUCGGAUUUCAAACGAGCUUCCAAUAUUCUGAUUUAGGUGUAAUACCAACGCAAACAAGUCCCAAUUUGGAACGGAACUCAACAAGAGCAUCGAUUUCGAGCCAAGAAAACCGACAAGACGAGGGAUUACAACGUCCCGAUAAGUCCUCCGAGGACUCACGGGGACCAGUGAACCCUUUAGCAGGAAUGAAUUUCCAUGCUCUAGAAGGAGCUCAGCUGGAAAUGGUCGGGGAAGUUGAACAAAAAUUGAAAAAAGAAGAUUCGGUUUAUAAGAGAUAUUUAGAGAUGCAAAGUGAAAACAAUGCAAAUGGCGAUCAAACUAACAGAAAGAGGCCAAGUGAGAAUAAUGGGAAUAAUAACGAAUCAGAUGGAAAGCAGAAAACGGAAAUAGAAGAGCUUGAGAAGUCUAGAGGAAAUCGCAACGAUUCAGAACCAGGUGCGUCGAGGGAUCAGGAAACUGGAAUUGACAAUCAGAACGGAAAAUUUGAAGACGGAAUCAAGAGAAAAACAAGUUCGGAAGAAAAAUCAAUGCACAGUAUCAAAAACCCGAAGACUGCUGGCUCUCGAAAUUCACAGACUCGGGCAAACCGAACGGCGUCGGCAAAAACUCUUGAUGAACCAGAUGCCGAUGAUUUGGAGUACAAGUCAAAUUCUAGUAAGAAACGAAGCUUGCCAAUUGAAGAUGAAAGUUAGAUCUGGGUCUGAAAUAUUAAUAUUUGAUAUUAAAAUCAGAUCGGCUAUUUGAUUUUGUCCUUACAAGAACAUUUAAAUAAACUCGAAGUUUUUGUUUUGAACGAAGCGCAAAACCAAGUAACUCGAUAUUAGUAUAAUCUCCAUCGAAUUUACCUUAAUUGUCA